UUUUUCCAAUGGCCAGUGGUCAUACAGAUGAUACAGAGGGCCCAUCUGCCACCAAACGGCGGAGGGCGACCGAUUCUUUGUCUGUUGUGUCUACAGAUGACUUGUCAGAGUUUGAAUCUGAAGACUUAUUGAAAGCAUGCUUCAAGAUCUGUGAGACUGUUGAUCCACAUUUCACAUUGACACCGUACAAACUUAAAGCUUGCAAUGCAGUAGUUUCUAACAGGGGAGUGCACUUUUCUGAGGCAUUCUGUGACUUGCAAUCCUAUGAACAGAGUUUUCUGUUGGGUGACAUAUUCAGGACGGGGCUUGAUAUGGGAAUUGAAUUUCUGGAGGGGAGAAUUCCGGAGGCAAGACAUGAAAAAAUAAUUUUGGAAAGGCUCCUCAAGUUUUUGAAGGAUGAUAAAAAAGUUAAUAUGGAUAUUGAAAAUGAAGAUGACAUGACAUCUAUGCUGGCCAACCAUCUGUUUGCAAAGAUAGCAACAUGUUCUGACUACACCAUUGACCAACAUUGUAAAAGUAAAAGGAGAGGAAAUAAGUGUGCAUGUGGGAAUGUAAACUGUGUGGUGACUGGAGACUAUGGAGAUACCAGUAUAGGGAACCCUAAUGUAUGGCAUGGAAAUGUGGACAUCAUAAUCAAAAGUGACAUAAUUAUCCAGAACUUGGAGGAUGAACAAGAUAAAUCGUCCAAAAAUUCACCAGCUGAGGUGAAAUCUAAAAGUAAUCCACUGAGUAUGAACCCACAGCUGGUUGCAGAAACUAUUGUGUUCUCAUUUCUACAGAAGAAAAGACAUCCAGAGUUAUCUAACUUUCUCAUUCCUUCCAUUGGCAUUUCAGAUAAUGCCAUGGUUUUGAUGUUUUAUGAUUCAGAGCAUGAUGUGCUUUUGGAGAGUACCCCAGUUCCACUUUAUGUAGAAUCUGAAACCAGGUUUUCUGUCGAGGCCAUCUUCUUAGCUUGGCUAGCUGUUAAUUACCAAUUUUUGUGCACAGGGUUAACGGAAGACAUGCUCCAAUACAAAGCAGGUUUCUUUGCGCAAGCCGAGACAAAAAUAAAUGUGUAUAAGAAUGAACUUAAAAUGCCGAUGGUAGGUGUAACUCCACCCAAAGUAAAGGUGAGACAGCAGUUGAGUUUCAGUGAAUACAUUUCAAUAAAACAAAACAAGAUUAUUGAACUCAGAAGGAAAGGCUUAAAAUCCAUGGAGAAAAACUAGAAUAUCUUCAAGAGCACAAAGUGGGGGGAGGGGAGCGAAUGCAGCAUAAUGUGCACUUCUCUUAGUGUGAAACUUCUUCACUGUUUACCUGUUUUCUAAUGAUAGGUUACUCAGCAUUGUUGAUGCUACAAUAGUUUUGAAAGAAAACUAUAAUGAUGCUACAACAGUUUUGAAUGAAAACUGUACUUGAAUAUUGUUACUAUUGUUCAUUUCUUCAACCUAAUAUAAACAAAUUGUAUAGAAAUUAAAUUAUAUAAUUUUCUGUAAAUAUAUUGGUUUAAAAGAACAAUAAAA